AGAGAAAUCGAAGCUCACCUUGAAAGAAUGAAAAGGUGCGAUGAAGAAAGAAAUCGAAGCCUACCUGAAAAAAAUAAAAGAGUGGUACUUAAUCAAGAUCAUCUAAUACAAUAUAUAGUAACUACUAAAGCUGAAAGCAUAAUUCCAAACGAAGAA